AUGGCAACAGGAAAUCAAUCAAAUCUAUGUUCAAUCUGCAAUAAACCUUCAGCUAAAUAUCUUUGCAUUGGAUGUAAAAAAUGUUUUUGUGCAAAGGAUUUCAAUGAACAUGAACAACAACUGUCGAUAAAAUUCGACAAUGAAGUCGUCCGAUCACACAAUGAACUUCUUGAUCAAAUACGAAAAUUAGAAAGAUCAAAUUCUUUAUCAUUAGAUCUUUUUGAACAAAUUGAACAAUGGAAGAAUACGACAAUCAACAAGGUAGAAAAAGCAGCAGAAAAAGCUCAACAUGAACUUACCGAAUUAAUCGAUAAACAAAGAAUAGCAAUAAUAAAACAAUUUGAAUCAAUUACAAGAGAAAUUCGUUAUCGUCGAGAAGAAGAAAAUUUUGUGGACAAUGAUAUCGAUGAACUUAAACAAAAACUUGAACAAUUUACUCAAAAAGAUACUACUAAAACUAUUAUUGUAACUAAUAAUCAAAUUGAUUGA